AGGAGUGCACAGUUCCUGUGGUACUGGUAGAGAGAGCGCGCAGCAGCUGAGUGAGUGAGUGAGUGAAAGCAAGGGUGGGUGGAAGGCAGAGGAAAAAGCAGAUCCACGUCCAUGAAGGAAAUGACCGUGUGAGGCAGGCAAGCGCGCCGCCGCCAAAGGGGGAAGCCUUUCGGGGAUUGCCGAUGCCAGCCAGGAGUCCGAAUAGACCUCGGUGGGCAAACCCUCGCCGGCCAGACCAUUGGGCAGGAGCCUCAGCAAUCGCAUCCUUGGGCUGGCAGCCGCGCGCGCAAGGCUCCUCUUCCACUGACUGACGGACGGAAGGCGGGCAGACAAGCAGGAGCCGAUCCCAAGGAAGAGCCGCGCUACUUUCGGAAUACAGAUCAAUGCCAGCGCUGGAGACUUGCUGGGGAUGUCGAUGAAUUCCGUCUCUGUGUGGAUUACCUCGCCGUAAUUCCAGGCAGGAGGAGGAGAAACUAGGAGCAGCCCCCCUCCCGCCCAAGGAAAGAGGAGGGGAAGGAGUCCUUCUGUAGCUUGGAAUCAUGUGAGGAACGCUGCUGUGGCAAGAGACACAGGGAGUUUUGAGGUUCACACUCCCCUUCCUCUUUGCUUCUGCACCGCAGGAUGGAACAGAGAAAGAUCUGGUCUCGGAUAUGGGACUCCGAAGACUCAUUAGUGGCCUUGGUGUUUCUUUUCUUGGUUUUCUUUUCAUGGAAUGUCACUAGCACUCCCAUCUAUAAUACCUUCCACUCUGAGAACCGUGACUGGACUUUCAACCAUUUGACUGUCCAUCAGGCCACUGGAGCAGUCUACGUGGGAGCCAUCAAUAGGAUUUACAAGCUGUCUGGAAACUUGACCAUUUUGGUAGCUCACAAGACAGGGCCUGAGGAGGACAACAAGUCCUGCUAUCCACCUCUCAUAGUGCAGCCUUGCACUGAGAUCUUGACUUUGACUAAUAACGUGAACAAGCUGCUGAUCAUUGAUUACACAGAAAAUAGGCUGUUGGCCUGUGGGAGCCUCUACCAAGGAGUCUGCAAGCUGCUGCGAUUGGAUGACCUCUUCAUACUGGUGGAACCAUCUCACAAGAAGGAGCACUAUCUUUCCAGCGUUAACAAAACUGGCACUAUGUAUGGAGUUAUAGCUCGCUCUGAGGGUGAGGAUGGGAAGCUUUUCAUUGGUACAGCAGUGGAUGGCAAGCAGGAUUACUUCCCCACUCUUUCCAGCCGGAAGCUACCACGUGACCCAGAGUCAUCAGCUAUGUUGGAUUAUGAGCUUCACAGUGACUUUGUUUCAUCACUCAUAAAAAUCCCUUCAGACACACUGGCCUUGAUCUCUCACUUUGACAUUUUCUAUAUCUAUGGAUUUGCCAGUGGAAAUUUUGUCUAUUUUCUGACUGUGCAGCCAGAAACUCCUGAGGGUGUGUCCAUCAACUCACCAAGUGACCUCUUCUAUACAUCGCGAAUUGUGCGUCUCUGCAAGGAUGACCCCAAGUUCCACUCCUAUGUUUCUCUGCCAUUUGGUUGUGUCAAGGGUGAUGUGGAGUAUCGCCUCCUGCAGGCAGCCUACCUUUCCAAGCCUGGGGAGGUGCUGGCCAGGUCCCUCAAUAUCACUGCCCAGGAUGAUGUUCUUUUUGCCAUUUUCUCCAAGGGACAAAAGCAGUAUCACCAGCCUCCUGAUGAUUCAGCUCUUUGCAUCUUUCCCAUCCGUGCUAUCAAUGCCCAAAUUAAGGAGCGCCUACAAUCUUGCUAUCAAGGAGAAGGCAACUUGGAACUCAACUGGCUGCUUGGAAAAGAUGUUCAGUGUACCAAGGCGCCAGUCCCAAUAGAUGAUAACUUCUGUGGGCUGGACAUUAACCAGCCACUGGGAGGCUCCAUACCAGUAGAGGGGGUGACCCUUUACACAUCCAGCCGUGAUCGUAUGACUUCUGUCACUUCAUAUGUCUACAGUGGCUACAGUGUGGUGUUCGUGGGUACAAAAAGUGGCAAACUCAAGAAGAUCCGAGCAGAUGGGCCUCCUCAUGGUGGCAUUCAGUAUGAAAUGGUGCCAAUUUUCAAGGACGGGAGUCCUAUCCUUCGUGACAUGGCCUUCUCCACAGAUCAUAAUUACCUGUAUGUCAUGUCAGAAAGACAGGUGUCUCAGGUUCCCGUUGAAUCAUGUGAACAGUACACAACCUGUGGAGAAUGUCUGAGUUCAGGAGACCCUCACUGCGGUUGGUGUGCUCUGCACCAUACGUGUUCCCGGAGGGACAAGUGUGAGCGGGCAGAUGAACCAUAUCGAUUUGCAGCCAGCAUCAAGCAGUGUAUGAGUAUCAUUGUGCAACCCAGCAGCAUCCCAGUUUCUGAGCAUAGCCUUCUGCUCAGCUUGCUGGUAAGAGACGCACCUGACCUGUCGACUGGUAUCACUUGUGUAUUUGGAAACCUCACUGAAGUUGAAGGCCAGGUUUUGGGCAACCAGAUUGUAUGCAUUUCACCAGCAUCGAAGGAUGUCCCUGCCAUACCUGUGGACCAGGAUUGGUUUGGGAUAGAGCUGCUGCUGAAAUCCAGAGAGACUGGCAAGAUGUUUGUCAGCACAGAGUUCAAGUUCUACAAUUGCAGUGCCCACCAGCUGUGCCUUUCUUGUGUGAACAGUGCUUUUCGCUGCCACUGGUGUAAAUAUCGAAACCUCUGCACUCAUGAUCCCACAACGUGUUCAUUUCAAGAGGGGCGGAUCAAUGUCUCUGAGGAUUGCCCACAGCUGUUCCGUACAGAAGAGAUUUUGAUCCCUGUUGGUGAGGUGAAGCCCAUUACCCUGAAGGCUAGAAAUUUACCUCAGCCUCAAUCCGGCCAGCGUGGCUAUGAGUGUGUCCUCAACAUCCAAGGGGUGAUUCAUCGUGUACCCGCUCUACGCUUCAACAGCUCAAGUGUCCAGUGCCAGAAUAGCUCAUAUCUCUAUGAUGGAAUGGACAUAAGUAACUUAGCAGUAGAUUUUGCUGUGGUUUGGAAUGGAAACUUCAUUAUUGACAACCCAGAGGAUUUGAAAGUUCAUCUGUACAAAUGUGCAGCUCAACGUGAAAGCUGUGGGUUGUGCCUGAAAGCAGAUCAGAAAUUUGAGUGUGGCUGGUGCACUGGAGAAGGCAGGUGCACUCUGCAUCAGCACUGCCCCUCUCCUAUUGGUGGAUGGGGAAGGUGGCUCGACUGGUCAAGCAGGAAUGUUAAAUGCUCCAACCCACGAAUCACUGAGAUCCUAACAGUGUCAGGCCCACCAGAAGGAGGAACGCGAGUGACAAUUCGUGGCAUUAACCUGGGCCUAGAUUUCUCCGAGAUUGCCCACAAUGUACAAGUGGCUGGUGUGGAAUGUACCCCGCUGGAGGAGCAGUACAUUAUUGCUGAGCAAAUUGUGUGUGAGAUGGGGCAGGCUGAGCCUGAUAUCAGUUCCGGCCCUGCGCUUCUCUGCAUUGGAGAGUGCAAGUCAGAAUUUGUGGCCAAGUCUGCACAGCAUUACACAUUUGUGAAUCCUGCAGUGAGCUCCUUAAGUCCUAGCCGUGGACCAGAGUCAGGAGGGACUAUGGUGACCAUCACUGGCCAUUUUCUGGGGGCUGGCAGCAGUGUAUCGGUGUUGCUGGGAAAUCAGACCUGCGAGUUUUAUGGGAGGUCCAUAAAUGAAAUUGUGUGUGUCUCUGCACCUUCCACUCAUGGCCUGGGGUCUGUCCACAUCUCAGUCAGCGUGGACCGGGCCCAGUUAGAAAGCAUGUUGCAGUUUGAAUACAUCGAUGACCCCAAAGUUCAACAUAUUGAUCCUGAGUGGAGCAUAGCCAGUGGCCACACACCCCUGACUGUCACAGGGUCCAAUCUGGAUGUCAUACAGGAGCCCAGGAUCCGGGUGAAGUACAAUGGCAAAGAGUCUGUCAACGUGUGCAAAGUUGUGAACACAACCACCCUGACUUGCCUGGCUCCCUCACUCACGCCUGAGUACCGACCUGGUUUGGAUGCUGUUGAGCAACCUGAUGAGCUUGGAUUCAUCUUUAACAAUGUUCAGUCCUUGCUGAUUUACAAUGACACUAAGUUUAUCUACUACCCAAACCCUACCUUUGAGCUACUAAGCAUCACUGGUGUGUUGGAUCAGAAGCCGGGUUCACCCAUAAUCUUGAAGGGUAAAAAUCUGUGUCCACCUGCCUCUGGUGGAGCAAAGCUCAAUUACACUGUUCUGAUUGGAGAGACUCCUUGUGCUGUAACUGUCUCUGAAACUCAGCUGCUGUGUGAGCCUCCAAAUCUCACUGGACAACACAAAGUUAUGGUGCAUGUAGGUGGCAUCAUCUUCUCCCCUGGCUCAGUGAAUGUCAUCUCGGACAGCCUCCUGACCUUGCCAGCUAUUGUCAGCAUUGCAGCAGGAGGCAGCCUUCUUCUCAUCAUAGUCAUUAUUGUCCUCAUUGCCUACAAGCGCAAGUCUCGUGAAAAUGACCUAACCCUCAAGAGGCUACAGAUGCAGAUGGACAACCUGGAAUCUCGGGUGGCCCUCGAAUGCAAAGAAGCUUUUGCAGAGCUGCAGACGGAUAUCAAUGAGUUAACCAGCGACCUGGACCGCUCAGGGAUCCCGUACCUUGACUAUCGCACAUAUGCCAUGAGGGUCCUCUUCCCUGGCAUAGAGGACCACCCUGUCCUGCGUGAACUAGAGGUGCAAGGGAAUGGGCAACAGAAUGUUGAAAAGGCCUUGAAACUCUUUGCCCAGCUGAUCAAUAAUAAAGUAUUUCUGCUGACAUUCAUCCGUACUCUGGAGAUGCAGCGAAGUUUUUCCAUGCGUGACCGUGGCAAUGUGGCUUCCCUCAUCAUGACAGGACUUCAAGGGAAGCUUGAAUAUGCCACUGAUGUCCUGAAGCAAUUGCUCUCUGACCUGAUCGAGAAGAACCUAGAGAACAAGAAUCACCCCAAGCUUCUCUUACGCAGGACUGAGUCAGUGGCUGAGAAGAUGCUGACUAAUUGGUUUGCUUUCCUUCUCCACAAAUUCCUAAAGGAAUGUGCUGGAGAGCCGCUCUUCAUGUUGUACUGCGCUAUCAAGCAACAGAUGGAAAAAGGUCCAAUUGAUGCUAUUACGGGGGAGGCACGUUAUUCCCUGAGUGAGGACAAGCUGAUCCGGCAGCAGAUUGAGUACAAAACUCUAAUCUUGAACUGUGUGAAUCCUGACAAUGAGAACAGUCCUGAGAUUCCUGUGAAGGUGCUGAAUUGUGACACUAUUACUCAGGUCAAAGAGAAGAUUCUGGAUGCAGUAUAUAAAAAUGUCCCAUACUCACAAAGGCCGCGAGCUGUCGACAUGGACUUGGAGUGGCGGCAAGGCCGAAUAGCACGAGUGGUCCUUCAGGAUGAAGACAUCACCACAAAGAUUGAGGGUGACUGGAAGCGGCUAAACACCCUGAUUCAUUAUCAGGUGUCUGAUCGCUCUGUAGUGGCCCUUGUUCCCAAGCAGACCUCAUCCUACAACAUUCCCGCCUCUGCCAGCAUAUCACGGACCUCAAUUAGCAGAUACGCUUCUUUUUCCUCCUGCCCAGAUUCCACAUUUCGGUACACAGGGAGCCCAGACAGUCUCCGUUCCAGGGCACCCAUGAUUACCCCAGACCUAGAGAGUGGGGUGAAAGUCUGGCACUUAGUCAAGAACCAUGACCAUGGUGACCAGAAGGAAGGUGAUCGGGGAAGUAAGAUGGUGUCAGAGAUCUACCUGACAAGGCUCCUUGCUACAAAGGGUACACUGCAAAAGUUUGUGGAUGACUUGUUCGAGACCUUGUUCAGCACUGUGCAUCGAGGCAGUGCUCUCCCACUGGCCAUCAAAUAUAUGUUUGAUUUCCUGGAUGAGCAAGCAGAUAAGCACGGCAUUCAUGAUACUGAUGUGAGGCAUACUUGGAAGAGCAACUGCCUUCCUCUCCGCUUCUGGGUGAAUGUAAUUAAAAAUCCACAGUUUGUCUUUGACAUUCACAAAGGAAGUAUCACAGAUGCCUGCCUCUCAGUCGUGGCCCAGACCUUUAUGGAUUCAUGCUCCACCUCAGAGCACCGUCUGGGCAAGGACUCUCCCUCCAACAAGCUGCUUUAUGCCAAGGACAUCCCCAGUUAUAAGAGUUGGGUAGAGAGGUAUUAUGCAGACAUUGCAAAACUCCCAGCCAUCAGUGACCAAGAUAUGAAUGCCUACCUCGCAGAACAGUCACGCCUGCACUCUGUUGAUUUCAACAUGUUGAGUGCACUCAACGAAAUCUAUUCCUAUGUCAGCAAAUACAGUGAGGAGAUCAUUGGGGCUCUGGAGCAGGAUGAGCAAGCGCGCCGGCAGCGCUUAGCAUACAAAGUAGAACAGCUUAUUGGUGCCAUGUCUAUGGAGAGCUGAAGAAAGGAGCAGGAACUCAUAGAACAAAGAGAAGAAAGUGGUUGCCUCAAAAACUUCUAGGAAUUGAGGGUAAAGCCAGCAAGGAGGGCACUGGGAACACAUCUAAAGUACUGUGACAACCUCCAUAAAGAAGCAGAAGAUGGCCCAGAUACAGUCAAAACUCAGUCAUCAGAUUUCAGUCAAAAUUACAGGAGAAAGCCAACAGCAAUUGUGCAUCUCAAAAAAAACCAGUUGGAUUUGUCAAGUUCAGCUUCUCAAGUUGUACAUCUAGAAAGGUUCUGGGAAGCCUAGAUUCCUCUAUGACUGCUGCUUUGCAUGAAAGUUGUUUGAUGUAUAUUAGGAGAUAACAAAAAUGCUAUUUAAAGAUCUUUGGGGGGUUUUUAAGAAAAAGGAAAGAGAAGAAAAAAAUGAAAUUUAAUGAAAACCACAGUGGCUACAUCAAAUAGCCCAUUGAAAGAUUCUACUGCAUACACUGCCCCUCUCAUCUCAUGAAAUCCCUGAUGUCCGUGGCUCAGAUGAAUGGUUUGCAAGUGGACUUUCAUGCCUUUGGGAAUGUUUGAAAAAUUCCAUUAUGCCUCUUUCUGGGAAUUUACAGAAAGCCCCACAAGCACAAAUUUGCACCAAACCUUUCAAAUAGUGCAGAUGGGGAAGAAAGUCGAGCAAUCUGUGUCUGCAAGAGUCUCUUGUAAAUGUACCUGAGUGGAAAAGCCAGCCAGUCAUUCAACCUAUCUGUUCUGAAAUCCAUCUUCAGCUGUGUAUUUAUAGAGUACAGAUAUUUUUUAAUACUCCUUAUUUACCGUUGGAGGGGCGCUAUGGUUUUAUGAAAGUCCUUCAUUCCUCUUUGACUUUGACACAAACUUAGCCCUGUUGAAAAGAUUCUUCCCUGUUUCUGUGUAUUUGACAACUGUGUUCCAAAGGAAUGUCCUGUCCUUUUGAAGCUAAGGAAAUUGUGAGUGGUUUAAACUGAAACUGGUGCAUUUUAAGCUUCUGCAGGUGCAAUUUAUGUAAAAACUAAUUGGCUUUCUUAGUUGCUUCAGGUGUGGAUUGGUUAGCUUUUGGGUUGUUGUUUUUCCUAGUCACUAUGUGAUUUCUUGCAGUAAAGAGAAAAUGUUUACAGCAAGUAAUACUUGAACAAUGUAGAUCUAGAGAGGCAACAUAUUUAUUGCUUUCCUGCUUUGGAUUCACUGGUGCUUAUGCAAUUAGGACAAAUGGCAUUUGCAUUUUUUCUCACACCAUAUGCAAGGUCAUGCAAAGGUCAAGCAUAAGACCUCUAUGUCCAGUAGGAGGGAGACAAAAGGAAAUGACAUGCUCUACAUGCCUGUCAAUGGCUGUUGUCUUUGUCUAUGUGUCAUGUCCUGGGUUAGGUUUCUUAGCUGACCCUAACAACCCAUUUUUUAGUGAUCAGUCAAAGGCUGAUGUCUGUGAGUUGUUGUUGCUCCUUUAAAAAAAAAGACCAAAGCUUUCUUGUCCUUUUCAAGAGUGCCAAGUAGCAAGUGGGAUGCUGUAAAUAUUUCUGUCUGUAAUAAACAUUGAUAUCUGUGCAGGCUGCAGUUAAGAGGGGUGAUUAGGGGCCAAGGUAAUUAGGCCUAAUGAAAGGCAGGACAUCGACCACAAGAUUUUAGAUUCUGUUGCUGGAAUCUGAGUCAGAUUUGAGAGAAGUGGAAUGGAUUCCUCAAAUGCUGUCUAGGAAGGAGCUGGUUCUGCCACCAACUUGUAAUUGCCAUACUUGCUGUAUGACGAUUCUGACUGGGUCACUGUCUCCCAAAGUGUAUAAUAUUUUCAGAUUAAGACAAUUAGAUAUCUAGGGUAAAUAGCUGUUCUGGAUGAAAUCAGUGGGUGAUACUGUCUGUCUGGUAUAGGUUGCCAUGGCACCAGUACUAGUAAAACUUAAAUAUGUUUGGGAAGGGAUUGUCAUAGAGUAACCAUUUUGUAACAUUCUAUUCAGUGAAUUCUCAGAGUCAGAAUAUCCAAGGCUUUUGGUCCUAACCCACAUCUACAGCACCUGUAUAUAUCCAUGCUAUAUCCUGGGACUGUCCUGGUUGCAUCAUUCCAAGGCAGGAUUCAGAUUUGAGAGAUAGUCUGGAAGGUACUAUUAUAUACAUAAAGGGGGCUUCAUACAAUUAACAGGAAUUGGGGCAGUACAGCUGGCCCCACCCCCGACAUUGUACACCUCUCUGGCCGCACCAUCCCAUGUCUCCAUGUUAACCUCUGAGGAGGGGAAGCCUAUGUACCUAGAGCUCUAUGCAUGUAGGCUUCUACAUGAUCUGGAAUUCUGCACGAUUGGGUUCCCAAAUUGUGUGCAAGUGUAUGUGUGUAGAGCUAUCCGCAUGUAGGCUUCCUCUCCUCAGAUGUCCUCGCUCUUUGGGGUCAGGGACUCUUGCCACACCAUGGGAGAGACCAGCAUCUUGGCCCCAUUUCCUAUUAAUUGUGUAGCCCCUCCUUUCACAAGCGGGCUUAUGUGUUAUUGAGAUCUGGUUUGCCAAUCACCAUGUCAGGAAGGAGCAACUCACCACUUCUCUAGCAGAGCAGGCACUUCUGGCAGCUAAAUGGCUUGUGGAGCCACACUGUUGCAUUCUUCACUUCAAACACGCACAACCCAUUUCCCUCAGAGCUAGAGGGGGCUGCUUCCACAAAAGACAGAGGGUGAGAGAAUUGCACAUUAAAUUCCUAAUUCUGUGAGAGUCCCUGAUUUUUACUUUCUAAUCAUUGUCCUGAAUGCUGCCAGCUAAAAGGAAAGGAACAACUUGCUGCUUUUAAUUAUAAUUCAUUAAAAGCUAUGCCAAGACCACUUUCCCCCUGAUAAUUCACUUUCAUAAGUUUCCCUGGGUCCUAUUAAUAGCCUGAAAGAAAUACUAAUGACUGACCUUAUGCAAUAAGCCAAAGGCUUUGACAUUCACAGCAGCCAAAGCUUUGCAGCCAGAAAGCUCUGAUUUACAUUGACUUGGCAGGAGCAGGGACUAGGCAGCAAAUGUAGGAGACAUCUCAGAAGAAGGGCAGCCUGAUUUCAGGAGAGUUACCUCUGUAUCAUUUGGCAGUGUGGUAAGUCUGAUUGCAAGCAGAUGUGUCUCCUCUGUUCCUCAAUAUAAUUGAUGUAGGUGGUAAGUUUAACAGCCAAUUUUUGUUAAAAGGAUUUCCAUUUCACUCAGCUAUAGGCACUUCACAAUUAGACCAUGUUAGGUCUCCUUCAGUGCACUUUCAUUUUUAUCAGUUUUUACUGCUGUGACAGAUUAUUAUACUUUCCUGUAGCCUUAGUUGGAAGUAGAGGAAGAGGUACUGUAACUCACCCAGAGGGGUGGGUGACAGUACAGUUGCUGAUUUAGAUUUUGCAGCCAUCUAGUGGUUCUAGUAGUAGAAUCCUUUUGUAGCUAGUGGGUGUCAGACCUGAUGAUUCAGGCACUAUCUGCAAGUGUUCCCUAACUAUGAGCAUUGCUUUCUACAGUUACGGUUUUCCAUGGAAAAAAAUGAAAUGGACUGCCUUCAAGUCAAUUCCGACUUUAUAGCAGACUGAUUAUCUCCAUGCAUAGAUUUUAAGGCUAGAAGGGAUCUCCUGUGUGGUACCUUUUAUCUAGAAUUUUCUGCAUGCAGGCUGGAUAAAUUUAUCUCAGGCUGGACUGGGAAUCCAAGCUGUUCUAAAAUUUCUGCUCCAUGAUUAAAUACAUACAGAAACCAAAAGGCCACCAAACAGUCUAGCUGUGGCUGCUUCAUGGCAUAAUUCAUGAACGACUUAAGUGUGAGGGGUUCCAUUUCAAAUGCAAUUGCAAUUGCCUUAGAUGACAUUCCCCAUCUGUGUUAGUGACUCCUUCCCCUGAUGUUUGAGUCCCAGGCUGCUCUGUUUCAGGUGUCUUCACAUCAAAGCCAGAGACAUCAUUUCUGGAAUUUCUGUGCCUAGCACGGCCACUUGAAUAAUUCCAUUUAAUCUUCUACUGAUGAGUACUAUCCAGAAUCAUCAAAGAGCCCACUACAAGGGGUAGUGAGGUGCUAAUCAAAUGCUUAUUUCCUUUGAAGGUCUUCAUUUUUUAAAAAAAAUCCGUCUUGGUAGCACACUUGCCUGCUCCGCUGUACUUCCCCCACCACCACCACCACUAAAAUUCUGCAGCCACUUCACUUGCCAGGGCAACGGACCCUUCUGUCUGUAAUUUGUUCUAGGAGCACUUAGAAUGUGGUAUAAGAGGUAAACAGCUGAACUGCUGCAGUUGCACUGAGUAUAGCCUCUGGCUAAAGUAACAGCUUGCAUGGCAAAACAGUGUUUGUUUAAUUUAUUUAAAACAUUUUCUGUCUUUAAGUACAGAAAUCCUCUCAAGGUGGCUUUCAAGAUAAUUCAAAUAUUAUCACCACCUGAAAUACGCAGUAAGAGCCAGCAAUAAUAAAAACACUCCUCAAACCCAAUCCUACAUAUAUCUGCUGCAAUGCAAAUUACAAUCCAAAUCUAAUCCAAUUCAAAACCAUCAAUAAUACCAUGAAACAAACAAAGGGAAUGUCUCAAGCAAAAGCCAGUGAAAACAAAUAGGUCUUUAAGGCUCUCUUAAAUGCCUAUAAUAAUUAGGCUCCCCAGUGGCAAUUCAUUCGAGAGGUGUGGGGCCACUACAGAAGAGGCCUUCUGCCUCAUCCCUGUCAACCUGACUGCUCCCAGAGGCAGGCAAAUGAGAAGGGCCUCCAUUGAUGAUCUUAAACUUAAGCAGGCUGUUAUGAGCAAAGAUGGACAUCCAGGUAACUCAGGCCUAAACUGUUGAAGGCUUUAAAAGUUAAAAACAGCAAUUUAAAUUGGGCUCAGAAAUGCACAGGCAACCAGUGCAGCUGUUGCCGUAUAAGUGUCGUAUGAACUGACCUGGCUUCCACCAGAACUUGAGUGAUUACAUUUUGCACAAGCUGAAGUUUCUGAACUGUCUUCAUAGACAACCCUACAUAGAACACAGUGUAGUAGUUUAACCUGGAUGUCACUAAUGCAUGGCUAACCAAGACAGAGACAGACCUCUCCGGAUAGGGUUGCUGUCAGCAUACCAACUGAAGCUGGGAAAGAGCACUCCUGCCCAACUGAGCCACCUGCACUUCUCUGUUUAGUGGCAAGCACAGGAGCACUCUCAGUGGACUUGGUCCUUCAGAGGAAGCCAACUGCAUCUAAGAUCAGCUGUAGGUCUCCUUCCAGAGUAGUCAAUUUCCCUAAUUAUAGUACCUCCAUCUUGUCUUGAUACAGUCUCAGUUUGUUCACCCUCAUCCACUACAGAGCCAUCUCCAGACACAGGUUUAUACAGGUGCCUUGGGAUUCAUUGUUGGAAACAAAAGGCAGAAAUGAAUAUCAUCUACAUACAAUGACACUUCAGCCCAACCCUCUUGAUUACUGCCCCAGCAGUUUUAGGUAGAUGUUAAAAAGCAUGGAGAACAAAAUGGAACCUUGAGGAGUGCCAAAGGACAUGGCAUGGAACAACUUCUGUACCCACUUCCCCAGAUAGGAUUGGAACCACCAUGCCAUAUUCAAUGGUAUCAAAAGCUACUGUGAGGUCCAGGAGAACCAAUAAGGUCGCAUUCCUUCCUUCCAUUCCCUGGUGUGAGUCAACCAUGAGACUAACCAAAGCUAUUUCCAUCCCAAACCAGGCCUGAAACUGGCAUGGAGUGAAUCUCAGUAAUCAGCAUCUUCCAAUGCUCCCUGGAGAGAUCACCACACACUCCAACAUCUUGCCUAAAAACUCUGUUACACCUUGGUAUCCCUAUGAUGAAAGGUGGAUUAUAAAUAUUUUUAAUAAAAUAAAAAUGGCAGAUUAGCUAUUGCUAUACUCAGUAAAACAUAGUAAGGAAGACUGGCAAGCUCCCAAUCUGUCCCUGUUGUGAUGGCAUGCCUUUUGCUUACCGGUCAGGAAAUCCAGAUUUCAUACCAUAAAGUAGGUCUUUUAAUCAAAGUAUUCACCCAUCCCUGGCUUUUCAUAAUGUUAUUUGUUUAAGUCAUAGGGCCAGAAGGCUGCCACCAAGAUAGCUCUUUUUAAACUUCUGCCAAAGUGGUAGAAAGGGUUCCAGAUCUUUACAGCUGCAGAUACUUCACUAGAAUGGUCCCACUUGUGAAUAGCUCGUUUCAGUUUACUUCAGUUUAACUUAACUCCGUUGUUAUUACAUCCUCUAGAUGAACUGCCUCAAAGUUGUAUCAGCCCAACAAAGGGGCCAAGGUUUGGAUUAGAUGUUGUUUGCACACCUCAGUGCAGUCUCUCUUCUCUGGAAAGUUACCUCUAUGCAAAGUUUCUAUUGCAAAAAGGGCCCACCCAGUUACAAGUGCUGUUCUAUUGCCUCCUGUGCUGUGUUUAAGCUUCUUCUCUGAACAGUCCUGUUUGGUCACCUAGGAUGUAUAGUGUUUGAAUGGAUGGAGUCAGUCUGUAACAACUCCAGUAACAAUUAAGCAAUGUUUUAUAAUACCUCCAUUGUGCAAUUGAUGCAAUAAUGGAAAGAUAUUGUGGCAGGUCUUUGGUUGCUCUUGGUUGCCACUUUUUUGAUCUCUGUGUCAUAGAACUGUGUUUGGAGCCACAGGAAGUCUAUUAAAAUAACUGCCCUCAGGAGUGUGGCCUUGCUAGUUGGGGCUGAUGGGAGUUGUAGUCCAAGCAAGCUGGAGAGUACCAGGUUAUUGAAGGCUGGUGUAGAUCUAAAUUCAGAUUGACCACACACACACAAAUUCUGUGUCUCAUUAGCUGUCACGCAUCUGUCGGAUAUCCCUUCCAAUGAGCACAGCAGUGGGAGCUAAGUGAAAAAUACUCGAGACAGGUAUCAUUAUAAUUGUUCAUGAUACCAGCUGGAUUUUCCAAAAGUAUGAGCAACACAUCAGAUCUCCUUUCUUUUGUAUCUAUGUAUGAUAACUACCAGUCAACCUCAUACCUUGCCAACGUAAUGCAGAUAAGACACCUUACUUUUGUAGACAGGGGUGUGUAUCAAGUGAUUUUAAUUUGGAUUCAAAUCAUAAACCUACCCUUAGGAGUUUCUAAAAGAAGUCAUAGUCCAUAAAUAGAUGGGCUGAGGACAGAUCACAAUAUAAAUGCAGGUCAUUCAGUUUUAGAAGAAUAAAAAAAUGUUUUAAAAUUCAAGAUCUUUUGAAUGUA